GUGAAAGGAGCGCUAUAUUAUUUUUCUAAAAUUAUCUGUGCAAUUUUCCCAAAAAGUUUCUAUUUCCUAUAUUGAGUCAUGGUAUAAUAAUACAUCACUUGACAUAAUUUUUCAAUAUAGUCAUAUGAGAAAGAUGGCAAGUGGAUCUAGAGGAUUGUUCGAAGAGUUUAUAGUGGACACGGAACAAGUAUCACAGAUCACUCGCGCGAAAUCAAAAAUUGAAAGGAUGCACGAAGUUCGAAUUAAGUUGAAAGAGGAGGCAAAACUUGACGCCAGUAGUAAACGUUGGAUACGAGUAGAAGGCGACGUGAGAGAUAGAAUGAAUGCCAGGGAAUACAUCAUCGCAAUGUGUCAACCAGGUGAAGUAUACGAUUUGCCAUUUAAUGAUAAAUCUCGAGAAUUUUUACAUGAAGAUAAUUUAGAAGAAAUUGAAAAGCAAACCAAUGCUUGUAUUGAACUGGGUGAUUUAAACAAAGUACUGAUUAAAGGGACAGAAUUAGCAGUUACACUUGCAAUAUCUUCCUUAGAAAAUAUUAUUGGCCAGUCAAAUAUAGAAACAGAUGGUGUUAUCGAUUCUGAAAAUGACACCAACAAAGGAGCCACUGUUGGUCCUCCUUCUGAUUGGGAGAAACGAUUAGACAGUACAUUUCUCAGAGCUUUGUCUAAUGCUAGUGAUGGUUCAUGCAAAUUUGACGAUUACCAUAAUACUUCUGCAGAAGUAAAAAUGGCAAUUUUGAAAACUUUAAACAAUGAAUUAAGUGAUAAUGUUGAUGAAAAUGAACUGUUUGACCAUAGUGGGAAACAAAAGUCAGCUGGCGCCACUUCUCUUCAUCCGAUUCAUAUCUAUGGUGAUGAUGACCUUAAAGAUGUUAUAGAUAGUGACAAUAUACAACCAGAACCUGUAGAUAAUAUAUCAGAACAGCUGACAGAAACAGUUAUAUCACCACGGAAACCAUCUUCUAAAUCAAAUGACACUGAAGAGGUUAAAUUUUUACGAAAUUUUGGAACAUCAGCAGGAUUUUCCGAAAAAAUAGUAGAUGAAGGUUUAUUGUAUGUUGAUGAUAAAACAGCUCCAUGUGAAUUUCUUGACAUACUGAAACAAUUAAAAGACUCUAAAAAGUCAGAAGAUGCUGAGACACCAAUGGAAAUUUCAGAUGGGACUCCAAAUAAGUCUUCAGCUUUUCCACCACCACCUCAAGUACCAGAAGGAGAUCAAGGUCGUAGAAGUUUGCCUAAAGAAUACAAGAAGACUCUUAUGAAACACAUGAAAGCUGAAGAAGAAGGAGAAAUGUCUGUUAAUGAACUGAAAAAGUUGAAUGAAGAGCGUCAAAAAAUUCUAAAAAACCAAUUUGAAAGUCCAUCAAAACAAAACUCACCUAGGGGAGAGAACAGUCGCAGAAGGAAAAAAAAUCGAAAGAAAAACAAGAAAGUUGGUCAAAAUAAUAACAUUGUUUCAAUAGAAAAAGACAGUGGGGUAAAUGAUGAGGAUGAAACACGUGUAUUAGAACCAUAUGAGAGUAGUUCUGGGGAAGACUGUAUAAUAAUGGAUGUUGAAGAGCCAUCUGUACCUGUUUACAUCCAACCUUCUCCACCUCGUCCAGUAAAUAAUUAUCCUCCAACACAGAGGCAGCCUAUAGGUCCAACUGAUAACUAUGCUAGGAAUCAUUUUCCUGUUAACCCUCCUCAACGUAAAGAGCCCCCGUCUGGUCCAAGAGAAUUACGCUAUAUUGUUAUAGAUGGUAGUAAUGUGGCUAUGCAUCAUGGACGAGGAAAAAUAUUUUCCUGCAAAGGUAUAAAGUUAUGUGUUGAUUACUUCCUUAAUCGUGGUCAUAGUAAGGUUACAUGUUUUGUUCCUGCAUGGAGGCGAUAUAAACCUAGACAUCAGAAUCCAAUAUCUGACCAGGAAAUACUUGUAGAAUUAAAUGAGAGGGGUCUGUUGGAGUUUACUCCAGCCAGAAGAUUGGAUAAUAAGCUGAUCAGCUCUUACGAUGAUAGAUAUGUGGUAGAGUUAGCAGAAACAGUGGAGGGAAUCAUUGUAUCUAAUGACCAGUACAGAGAUUUAAUGGGAGAAAAAUAUAGUUGGAAGAAAAUCAUUGAAGAAAGAUUACUUCAAUAUAACUUUGUUGGUGAUAUAUUAAUGAUACCAGAUGAUCCCCUUGGUCAGCAUGGACCUAAAUUAGAUUUAUUCUUGUCAAAACCAUCCAAACAACCAUCUCCAUUAAGAAAAAGACAUUUAUCACCUAAAGGUGCUACGGGUCAUCAGAAUAUGUGGAAUCAACCACCCCCUCCAUUACAACAAUAUCCUACACCAUUAAUGGGCAUGCAACCUUCAUUGUUAGGACCCCGACCUAACACAAAUUGGCAGCAAUUAAAUCAUUAUCAGGGACAAACUCAAGGACAGAAUAACAACUUUCCUUGGAAUAAUCAGGGACAAGUUCAAAACCAAUUUCAAACAUGGAAUCAAGGAACUUGUCAAAACAAUCCAAGAUUCCAAGGACAAAACUUGCAAGGAGUAGGACAAACCAUGCCAGGUCAGAACAGAUUUCCUAAUCAAUCCCCCAAGAAAAAGAAGGGUGUGUGCAAUCAAAGACAGACAGAAAAACAAUCAAGGCCUCUUAGGACCAAAGAGAAAACACAAGAAGUUCUCAAGAAUUUAAAAGAUAUUUUUCCAGAUUCGGAAUCUAAAAUUUUGGAAGUGAUUGAUAAUCAUCCCUCAGAAACAGAUUUAACAAGACUGUCAAAUUACGUGAUGAAUGCAUUGGAUAAAUGAUCAAUCUAAUUCCGGAUUCGUUACUUUUAUAUAUAUCCAUUUUUUUUCAUAUUUCAAACUUGAUGAAAUCUGUGAUAAGACCAUAUAAAAUUAAAGAGUAACUGUUCAUGCUCACUGUUUUGAAAGUUCUGCCUUCCUUGAUUUUAUUUUUGUUAUUUUCCAAAAUUUAUGGUGAUUUGUUUGGUAUUUUAUUUUUCAUAUGAAUACGAGAGGAAAUAUAUGACAUGUCUGAUAGAUUAUCUCUACAUGCCUUGAUAAAGAUAAUGAUAGUUUCAUGCAAAUGCAAGGUUUAUUUAAAAAUAAAAAUGUAUGCUAUUUUACUGGGCGCAUUGCAUUUGCGCCAAUUUUUACAAAAUCUUAUCUUUCAUUUGCGCCACAAGGUUAUAUUUCAUUUGCGCCAAAAAAUAAAAACUACAUUUGCGCCAUUUUACAGGUAACAUAUAACGGAAAAGUUUAAAAUAUUCAUUGCUACUUGGUAUAUAAGAUUUUCUCCCUGGGUAACUAAGUAAGUUAAUACUCAUUUCUAAUAUAAAACUGAGAGUCACUUAGGUUUAAAACUAUAUAGUGUUCACAUGCUUGAGGUGUCAAGAUGGACAUUGUCAAUUCUGAGACUAACAGGCAGUUAGUUUUCUCAAUUGGAUUGUUUCAUAUUUUUCAUGUCGGGCUGUUUAUAGCCGACUAUACAGUAUGGGGAUUUCUCAUUUUUGAAGGCCGUUUUUGUCUCAUUGGCAAUCAUACCACACCUCCUUUUUUUAUAUAGAGGAAAUAAGUCUGUUAUUUUUUUAUGACCACAUAUAGGUUAUCCAGUGUACAUGAGUAGUUCUGAGCCGUUGCUUACAAGUCUUGUGUCGGAAACAAACUUUUGGUUUUACUCCAGGGUAUAGUGAUUUCUUUUAGGUUUUAUGAUCUCGUUAAUACCGGUAUAUAACAGAACUGUGUUUUAACAUUAUUAUGAAAAGUUUCUCAUUAAGAACGUAUCAGUGUAUAGUGCUUUCAUUAUAGUUACAAUGACUGAUUUUGGAGGAAUAAGUCUUUUAAAUCUCCUUUGAAAAAAACUAUUUUUGUCUCGCUUGAUGGAACCACUAGUGGUAAGUCAAUUAUAUUUGGUAUGCAGUUGUAUGGUAUUGGCACAUCUCAUUACCAUGGAGAUUAUUUGGCCCUGCUCCCUCAGUUAUGGUCUAUUGACUUUGAAACUUGCUUAGUUUUAGUGUAUUAGUUUGUGAUUAGGUCAGUUUAUUGGGAACCACUAGUGGUAAGUUAUUGAUAAUUGGUAAGCAGUUGUAUAAGCAUUGGCAUAUCUCAUUUCCAUGGAGAUUAUUUGGCCCCGCCCCCUCACUCAUGGUCUAUUGACUGAAAUUUUUGCUUAGUUUUCAUGUAUUAGUUUGUGAUUAGGUCAGUUUAUAGGGAACCACUAGUGGUAAGUUAAUGAUAAUUGGUAUGCAUUUGUAUAAGCAUUUGCAUAUCUCAUUUCCAUGGAGAUUAUUUGGCCCCGCCCCCUCAGUCAUGGUCUAUUGACUUUGAAAUUUUUGCUUAGUUUUCAUGUAUUAGUUUGUGAUUAGGUCAGUUUAUGGGGAACCACUUGUGGUAAGUUAAUGAUAAUUGGUAUGUAGUUGUAUAAGCAUUGGCAUAUUUCAUUUCCAUGGAGAUUAUUUGGCCCUGCCCCCUCAGUCAUAGUCUAUUGACUUUGAAACUUUCACUUAGUUAUCAUGUAUUAGUUUGUGAUUAGGUCGGUUAUGGGGAACCACUAGUGGUAGGUCAAUGAUAUUUGGUAUGCAGUUGUAUUAGCAUUGGCACAUCUCAUUACCAUGGAGAUUAUUUGACCCCACCCCCUCAGUUAUGGUUUAUUGACUUUGAAAUUUUGCUUAGUUUACAUGUAUUAGUUUGUGUUUAGGUUUGUUUAAAGGGAACUUCUUAUGACAAGUCAAUGGUAUUUGGUAUGCAGUUGUAUUAGCAUUGGCACAUCUCAUUUCCAUGGAGAUUGUUUAGCCAUGUACCUUCAGUCAUGGUUCAUUGACUUUGAAUAUUUGCAAAACUUACAUGUUAAAGUGUUGCUAUUUUAAUUUCAACAUUUGCAUUAUUGAAAUUACAAAAAAACGAGACAUAUCUCUGUGAUAACAGUUUAUUUAUACUAUUUACCUGUAUUAUUGGCACAAAUGAAAUGUUUUAUUUGGGGCAAAUGAAAUAUGGUUUGUGGUGCAAAUGAAAGAUUAUUUUGGCGCAAAUGAAAUGCAAAUUGGCGCAAAAGCAAAGCCCUGGUAUAACUGUCAUAGUCACAAAAAUUACUUUGAAAUUAUUGAUUUAUUUUCUAGCUGGGGAAUGCAAGAAUUUACUUUUUAAGCUUAUUUGGCCUAGCUGUUACAUUAAGGUAAGGCUAUUCCAGAAUUAAACACACAGGGGUGUGGGAGGCAUUUAUUUUUUACCCCAAUCAUGGAUAAUAUACAACUUUCAUUUUACUAUAAAUAAUUCUUAAAGAAAAUUUUAAGGAAAAUGCAACCACCCACAGAUAAUUAAUUCCAGUGCCUCCACAAUCAAUUUUUGAACAGCCUUAAUACAAGUUCAACUAUCAAGUAGGUUGUUUUUUUUUAAUUUUUCUUUCAAUUUUUUUAGAAUUUUGUAUAAAGAUAGAUUUCUUGUCUGCUAAUUCAAAGCUCAGUGAUGUUAUAUUCCAAACUUUUUAUGACUAUAUGUAGUAUGGCAUUAUUAGAUAUUCAUGACAAUGCAUAAACAACUGCUUGCAGAGUUCUUGAAAAAUUUAGAAAAUCUGGUGGUCCUCACUAUUAUUUCUAUUGCAAAAUUCCAAAAUUGUGUUGGUCCUUUGCAAACUUUUGGUGGUCAAAACCUUUUGACUACCAGUACAACUUUUAGAGAACUCUGUUAUUGGAAGAGCGGAGUAAGUCAUGCAUAAAGAUUAAAACUGUUUUAAGUUUAAAAUUGAGAGUAAUUUAGGUCAGUUCCAUCUGAACAUAUAAAUGAUACAUAGAUGACGAUUUCUAAAUGAAAUACAUGUACCGUUAGUUGUUCAUUAGAGCAAUUUUUUUACUUUUUAUAAUUCAUAUUUCCUGGACAAAGACAUAUAAGAUUUAAAACCAUUCUAUUUAAACAGUCAUUAUGUUCAUUUUGAUGAAAACCCACAAAAUUGGAACAAAUAAAUAAAUUAUUUUCAAUGUUUUUCAAAGAAGAAAAAAAACUUUUACAGCUGAAUAAUUUGAAUUUGUACUUCAUGCAUAGAAUUAAAGUUUACGUGUUUGUUAAAUGAAGCCUGAAUUUCAUAUCACAUUUAUAUUAGCAGAUAUAAAUAUGGAAACAAAUUGGCCAGACAGGUGUUUCAGCCAGUCUUUUGAUAUCUUGUUCAAUGAUUUUACUAGCAAAUAAAAAGUAUUUUUUAUUCUUUCAGUAGGUCACAAGUAAAGGUAGCAUUGAUUUAUGGUCCAUCUAGAGAAAAAACCAAACUAAACUGCAUUGUUAUUUGUAGACACAUAUUUACUGUUACUUGUUGUCAGUAAUUUGUGUUGCCUUCAGCUGAUAGUUUAACUUUUAUCUGUCAAAAAUUAUUUAAUCAAAUUUAGCUGCUUUGUUUUUGUAUCUUUGGUAUCACUAGAUCUUAACAAAGUUUAAUUGAAAAAAAUAUUUGAAUAGGUCAAAAUUGAAAUAGAUAUAAUUAAAUAAAAGUGUUAUACAUUAACUUUGAUUACUACUGUGGUAGACCUUUAAUAUGAUCAAAUGCAGUUGUGUCUUGAUAACAUAUUACCCAGUUAAUACAGUCAAUUUUCCAUUAACCAUGUAAUCCAAAUGUUAAACAAUAUGAUCAAAUUUACAGGAACAUCAUGAAAUUUUUAUAUCAUGUUCCUGAUAUGACAUUUUACAAAUUUUAUUUCACAUUUUCAAUAUGGGAUUGUUAGUAUAUCACUGAGUAAUCACACUUGUCAUACUGCUGAGGAACCUGUCAUGUCAAAACAAACAAAUAAAGGCCACAAUAUUAUAAUUUAAAAAAAAAUUCCUGUGACAGCACUAUUUUGCUUGUUCAAAUAUAAAGAAUAACUCUACUGUAUGUAUUUACUUCCCUAUGUCAAUCAUUGAUUUUACUGUUGCAAAUUGAGUUUUGCAGUGACUUAUAAGUUGAGCCAGUAAAUGGAUAUCUGUAAUAUUUCAUAUCGAAACUGACAUAAUCCCAUUCUUAUAUUAUACAAUUGCUGCGUCUGCUGUAAAACGAAUUUUUAUAUAAGGGAAAUAUCAUCUGUGAUUGUGCAGAGAAUACCGGCAGGUUAAGUUUGUAUUUUUAACACAUGAAUUCACAGCCUUUGCAGACAUCUUAUGAACAAUAUAAAAUUCAAGCAUUAAAGUUGUAUUGUUGAAAUACAUUGUCAUAUAUUGGCAGCUAUAUAAUUUCAUGUUAUAAGAUAUUUGAUCGCUUUUUUUAAGUGAUGUAUAGAAUUAAGUACAUUAAUGACCUAACUAGGUUGAUAAAAGUAUUUCAAAAUCAUAUGAUGUUUAUUAUUUUUAUACUUUAUACAUGUACUGGGUAGAUUUACACUUUCUCUGAACUGUAAGGUAUUUUAUGUUUAAUGAAUAUUCUAUGAGAUUUUUAGUAGAAGAAGGUUCAAAUUGAAUGUUAAUUCUAAUCUUUGAAAAAACGUAGUUUUUUAUACAUAUAUUUGUUAUUGAAAAACAUUGAUGGCAUGUAAAAACCACUUAGAAAUAUAAAUCUGAGAGAUGCAUUCUUAUAAAUGAAUACUGUUGAGUAUGUUCAAAGUUUUAAUUUGAUAUACUGUUCAUUCUCACAAACCAGGUUUUUCAUAGAUGAUCACAAAAUUGAACUUCUGUGUGAAUAUCUGUUUUGGCUAGGGGUGUGUUGAACAUUAAUUCUCACACAGAGAACCAUUUUUCACUGUUUUAAUGUCAUUACUUGGCUGUAGUCAUUUACUGCUCUGAUGUCUGACAGUCUUUCCAAGGAAUUGUGCCUUGGGACAUCAGGAGGCAGUCCAUAUAGAAAACAUGGAAAUUGCAGACUAGACUUUGGGGCGACAAGUUUGUCUGGAAGUUGUAAAAGAUAGAUCUAUUUUCAAGUAGAUAAAUCAUAACUCAUUCGAUUCAUAAUUACAAUUCUUCACCUAUUUAUACCUUGUAAUCAAGUUGUAUCCCUAUGUAGCAUUAACCCUCUAUUUUUUGCUAUUUCCUUUCACUUUGAACAAGUUUUCAUGUGACUGCUUUAUAUCAUUCUGUUUGAUAGAAUCUUUAAAGUGAAAUUUAUGCAUAUCACCCUGGUAACAUGCAUUUAUAUUUACAAGAUUUGCCUUUUCAUCCAAUCUAUCGUUUGCAAACAUCGCUCAUGCAAAUAAGAAACUUAUUUGCAUUAAUAAGCUUGCAUGAUAACAAGUACUGUGCAGAGAUAACAAGAGAUAGCAAUAUCUUAAAGAAAGAAAAAAUAUAUCAACGAAAUUAAUGUUUGUCAGAAAUAAAGCUUUCUUUUGUGCAACAGGGGACUAGUACAUAAAUAAAAGACGGAGACUUGCCACCUGAAAUUUAGGGAGGGCAAUUUCCAUGUUUUCUAUAUGAGCUGCACUCUGGUGUCCCACAGCACCAGCAAGUCCUAAAAAAAUGUUGUCAGACAUUGAAGCAAUCUUGGACUACAUAACAUGCUACAGUGGAUACUAUAAAACAUCACCGUUGUUUUUACUCUGAUUUAUCAUGUAGAUUAGCAAGCUCAUAGACAAACUGGUACAUUAUCUCUUAUUGAAAAACAGAAGUGGUUAUUAUCCAUGAAAUUUGCUUUAAAAAAAAAAAGAAAAAAAAGUGGAGCAUGCAAUGCAUACUAUUUUUGCCCAGAUAUUUUAUAACAUCAAGUGCAUCAGUUGAAAGUAAAAUGCAAAAUUAUUGAAAUUUGUAUAAUUGGUACUGUAAUGUAUAAAUUAAACAGUUUAUGUUAGAAAAAUACACUUGAUGUUUAUGAAACUCUGGAAUGAAAUAUAAUGCUUUGUAAUCUCAACAUACUGUGGAUUUUCGUUGGGUUACUUAAUUUUGUGGAUUUCAUUGGUAAUUGGGAACUACAAUUUAUCAUUUCAAUAAAAUAUAGAUUUACAAUUGGCUUAAGUGCAGAAUUUGUUGAAACUUCAAAAAUAAGAAUCUACAAAAUUAGAUUUUUGCCUAAAUCCACACAAAUUUGUGUCAAUGAAACAUAGAGAAUCUACAGUAUGUCUCAAUGCAGAAAGAUUUUCUGGAAUGGUUGGAAGUAGUUUUAAUUUCAACAAACUUAUAACGAACAUUUUACAGAUAAUAAUAAAAAAUAUCUCACCACAUGAGAUAAAGCACAAUUUUCUCUAGGAAUUUGCAAAUCUGUUAGUUGUCCUGGAGUAGAAGCAUAGGUAACAAUUCUAAGGGUCAAUUGCCCUGUGAAAAGAAAUUUUGUAUACACAAACAACAAUGUCUUAUUGAUGCACAUUGAUUCCACAUUCAAUUUUGCCAAUUUGAGUAAUUUCUUCAAUAUUAGGGCUUAUCAUAACCCAAAUCAUAUCUCAUGAAUGCAAACCUUGAUGUGUGAACAUUCUUGUCGAUAGUAUUUGCUAAGUCAAAUUUUACCAUGUCUACUAUACACAAUUACAUUGCAACAGACAUUGGUAAAAAUUUUAUUUGACUAUCAAAUUUGGUUGUACAUGGGAAUAUUGGUAUAUGUACAUGUAUAAUGCUAAACUAUGUUUUGCAGAUAAACACCAUUUAAUAGGUUACUUUCCAUCAAAUUGCUUCAUAGAAAGAAUUUUUUAUCAACUCUUAGUCAUAGUUAUUUGGAUAUUUAUUAAUCCAAAUGCUUUAUUCAGAUUUGAGUAUGUUGAUGUAAAUAUGAAAAAGGUUUUCUAGUCCUUCCAUUUUCUUUCAAGAGAAUGCCUAUUACUUUCCACUCUAUCUAGUGAAUAAGAUGAUGUAAUCUAAUAGAGUAAUGGAGCACAUACAUUUAAGAGAAUAAAGAAGACCAUUAAUGCAAUUUUUGAUAUUCUUACACUGAAGAGUAAGACUUCUUCAGUAAGGUGUUGUAUGUUCACUCACCAGACAGUUUUUGUCUCACAUGAGAUGAAGUAGACUUAUGCUUGCUGUUUCAGACAUCAGUGUUGAUGCAAGGCAUCAGCAAUUGUUUAAGUUUGUUAUUAGUUCCGUUAAGAUGAAUCAUAAAUGGUGAGUCCAUUUUAUUUGAUAUGCAGUUCUACAUGGAUUGGGUGGGACAUUUUAUUUCCAUGGAGAUUAUGUUGCCAAACACUCAAUCAUUUUCCAUUGACUUUGAUACUUAUACAUGAUCGGACAUAUAUAGUUCACAUGUCUAUGUUUAUGAUUAGGUCAAUCUAAGGGGAACCACAACCACUAAUGAUAAGACCAUGAUAUUCUGUAUGGAGUUCCACUGUUCAUUGACUUUAAAACUUGUUUGCAUAGUUUGCAUAUUCAAGUUUGUGAAAUGGUCAUUUUAUCUUUUAAUACUAAAUAGCUAAUUUAUAUUGUUUCUAGCCCAUGAAGUACUAAAACCACUUCCCAGGAAAUAUGGAGAUCUUAAGUUUUCCUUGAUUCUGGAUGUUUUUUCUUUCAUUUUGCCAAGUGUACAACUAGAAAGCUCAAAAUUAUAAAAUUCUGACAAGUACUGGUAAACAGUUUUCAGUGAUAGGUACUGUAUGAUUAGUUAGUUGAAUAUAUACUCAUGGACAAAAGAAAAGUUACACAAGGUAAAAUACACAAAAUAAAUUCUGCAAAUCAAUCUAUAUAUUUUUGACAAGAAACCAAUAAAACUGAUGUCCAUAGUUUUAAAUGCAAGCAAAGUUGUUUACUUGGUUAAAAUCUUGUCAUCAUCAAAAAGCUGGAAAACUCAAAUUUUGUGCAAGUAUCUCGAAUGAAAGUAAAUUUUCAUUGGAUUAUCUUUUGAAGUUUAUUGAGUAUACUGUAAAAUCAGAAGAAGACCUUCAAAUGUUGGACUAACAUGAUGAAAUAACUCCACACUGCCAGUUAGGGAGAGGCAUAAUGCCUGUUUUAAAGGGGAAAUAUUGUUCAGUGCUUUUGAUGUAAAGAAGUCCAUUGUAUUUGUGUAACUUGAGAUCAAGUUCCGCUCAAAGAUUCAAAUGUUAAUUGCACUCAAAAUUUUGUGAAUGGGGUCUGUGACGUUUCGAAAGCCCAACAGUCUACCCCACUGCUGGAAAAGAACAGGGAUGGGUUCAAACAUGAUGCACACUAGGAUUGAAUUAUGCAUUAUUAAACCUCCUGCUUUUUCUAAUAGUAUUUUUGUUUGUUUUACAAUUAAUAGAAGUUGAGUUUACCAUGUACUAAUAUUUGUUAUGAACUCUCUCUUGUGGAACAAAAUGUACAUCACAUCAUGAUUCUUGCUUUUGUAAGGUUUAUUCAACUAUCUGAAGAAUUUUCAUAUACAUCCAUGUGGUGGUAAUGAUUGGUUUUAUUUUUAUACUAUGUAUUGAAUAUCAAAAACUGCAAUGUUUCUUUUGUCUAAGAAUAAAUUAACAUUUAAAUCUGGUCAAAUUAUCCAUUGAUUUUCAAAACUGUAUUCACUUUUAAGUGCUUAUAAUAUUUACUUUUCGUGGACUUUUUUUAAAUGAAAAAUGAAAUAAAGUGCUGAUAUAAAACAUA